AUGUCGUGUUGGCGCGAGCUGGAGCUUUCUGAGCAGCCCGACGGCAAGCAGAUUCCCCAGCUACUCAUCAAACCCGCCUUCGACCUGGACUCGUACACAGUUCAUCUUACCGAUCUCAGCAACAUCUGGAGCGAAGAGCUGAACGUGGACGACAUCGUCAAGCGGGCUGCGUUGGAACAAUCGCCAAUCGAAGUCAGCAAACACGACGCGGCGCAGGUUGCCAUCCUUCUCGAGAAUGUCAAGAAGCCCCUGCUGAGUGCGGAGGGUUCAAUGUGUCGUGUCGCUCGUGAUGGAACAGAUGGCAUCACUCUACACACCAGCAUAGGCCUUCCAGAGCCUCUUGGUCGCUUGACAUGGAAAUUUCGCUUGGAGAAGCGAACGUCUGCCGACCUCAAGGACGAGCUCAUCUUGCCGCUACUUGUCUCUUCCCACAUUCAGAAUGAACGCAUUACCGGGCUCAUCUCGACAAUCGCCGCCAAAGACAAGGCAAUCACUCGACUUGUGGACCAGUUCGACUCUCAUGGCUUGGACUUGGCUGCCGCAUUCCCUAGCGCCGGUGGAACGAAGGCGGGACGAAGGAAAGUCAAACGUGAACAAGCGGAAAAGCACGUUCCCGCUUUACGGUCUUUCCACGAGGAAGCAUGGCGGCAGGAUACCGAGCAAUUGAAAGACACAAACCUGACGACGCUAGGCUUGUUCCAGGAAGCACUAGCACAGAGCACUCCGAUAGUACCUUCGGAGUUGAAGUCGGGUGAUUUUGAGACUACAUGGUGGACUGCUGUACCUACUAAGUUGAGCAUGCCGAAAGCCCCAGUCAAAACCAAGGCCAAAACGCCUCCUGUGGCAUCAAAGCCAGCAAAAACAGCUACGGAUUCUGGUGAUGAAACAGAAGAAGAGUUUGAGACUCAUGUGAACUUCAAAACACGCGAACUCGGCAAAAGGCCAACACAGACUCCGGCGCCAUUACCAUCGUCGCCCCUCGACAAGGCCAGUGAGACGGAAGACGACAGUACUGAAGACGAUGAGGAUCUGGAUGCGCCUCCCAAGAGUCAGAGCCAGAGUCUAAGUCGGACCCCACAAAAGCCAACUCGGAAAAGGACGCCCACGCCGGAACCCCGUUCCUCGCCAAAAGUGCCUACACCCACAGCGCAGAAGCCAAAGGUAAGUAGCUUUCGAACAAGUGGGAAGUCGAAAAGAGCAACCGAGUCUCCUCCGCCAUCGCCACCAAAAUCCGCGGAUGUAGAGCCGGAACCAGAGAUCCGACCAACCAGGGAGUCUGUGCCACCUUCCCAGCCCAGCCAAGCGACAACGCCAAAGAAGACACGAAAGCCGUUCAGGAUUGGUGGUAAGGGCAAGAAAGCCGAGGAUGGUGCUUCGCAACGUGAUAUGACAGCUUCACCAAGUACCCAACGCUUCAGAGCAACGCAAUCUCCUACUGCCGAGCCUCCAUCGUCUCCGCCGAGAAUGAAGGAGAUGACGCCCGUCGAGGAGGUUCACGAAGAGACACCUGAGGAGAAAGCAGAGCGGAAGCGCGCUGAGUUGAAGCGGAAGAACGAAGAGGCAGCGAAGAAGCAGGCACAUGCAAAGAAAAAGAAGAGGUUCUAA